GACGUCAGCUCGCUUCUGGUUUCUGUGCCGGGCGACGCCGCGGGGACUACAGCUCCCGUGGGGCCGUGCGGGCGGACAACGUCGGGGAUAUUGAGAUGGCGGCGGUGGCCGUGGAGGCGGAGAGCUCGGACCCGGACAGCGCGGAGGAACUGUUCCGUCUCAGAGAGGCGGCUUGGGGCGUCGGUGCUCCGAUAGCAAUAGCUGGGACCAGUGAAGAUAAGAGCACUUCAGCACCAACAAAACCAAGUCGCAGGCAAAACAUAGAUAAUCAGCAGCACGAUGGAAAUGAGCUGCAGACAACGCCGGAAUUCAGAAGUCACGUUGCUAAAAGGCUGGGCGUCUUGUUAGAUAACAUCAUUACUGUUGACAAUUCUGGGCCCUUUCUAAAGCAGCAAGCAGAGACUGGUGAUGAUGAAGAAUAUUUUGCAGGUUUUCGAUUAUUUUCCACCUCUAUACCUGGGGGUCAUAAGAAAGUCAGACCUUCCUCUCCGGUGAAAUGGAAGGCCCCACCUAGUUCAAGUGAUUCGGACAGCGAAUGGGAGCGGCUGAAGGAAGCAGUGGUUUCGGGCAAUGACUUGCUUCAGCAAAGUUCUAUCGUCAGCAAUCAGCCAGAGACACAUAUUACUGAAGGUCCCAUUGAAGACAAAAGAAAACACAAGAAAAAGAGAAAGCUGGCCAUUGAAGGUGGGAACGAUUGGCAAGGGGAAUCUUUAAAAAGAAAAUCAAGACACAAGUGCCAAGUUCUAGAAAGUGGACUGGAAAAAAAUGAAUUUUCUGAUGAAACUUUUGUGGGACAAAGCCACUUCAAAUCAGAAGAAGCUGAUGUUGAAAGGAGCAGGAAGAAAAAGAAACUGAAAAAUGGCAAACACAUAUCCAAAAUUCUUAAGAAAGAAAGAGUUCUGGUAACAGAUGGGUUAUGACAACCUACCACAAUCAUUGGGGGUUCUUGACUUCCAUCAAAGGACAGCGCUCACUCUAGGUGAUGUUUUUGAAGCUUUCCUUUUGUGUACUUUUUGGCUAGUUACUUUGAAAUAAUGUGGAUCUCUAAAUGAGAAGAGAAAGCAAUGAUUUCUUGGAUACUGCUGUCCAGCCCUAGGGAGAAUGUCUUCGAGUGGAGACUUGUUGAACUGAUUCAGCUGAAUUGUGUAAAAUGAACCAUCGCUUGAGGGAACAAUGACUAUGGAGCUCAUUGUUCCAUGUAUCUCCCACUUACCUGCCUGAAAUGAUAAUAGUUCCUUUAUUCAUUGCUAUGUCGAAUUGGUCUGAUUUCUGUUUGAAAUUUGAACUGCAGCCAUUUUGGUUUGUUUUCUUUGAAUCUCAAGGGUAUUUUCACUUUGCUUUCAUUUUUAAUUAUUUUGACAUCUUGUGAUUUUUAAAUUCUGACUCAAAUUUUAACUCUGUUGUCCUGCUGUUAAUUCUUAAGUGGUUUGUUUACAACCUAUUUACCAGUGUUCUGGUUUCUUUCUCAAUAUGUCAUAGGUGUAAGAUGAUGCAUUAAAAAAAAUCAAUAUCUUUGCAGCAACAUGUCAAGUAGUGCAGAUAGCAUGGAAAUUGUAAGAGCAAAACUUCAGCUGGUUUGCCCAACUGCUCUGAUUCUCGAGAUAUGUUGCUGAGUGAAAACGUGCUUGAAUUUGUGUACUACAUGAUGCUACAGUCUUUGCCAUUUAUCACACUCAGACUGUUGACACCUCUCCUUCCCAGUGCUCCAGCCAGGUACUAAGUCUUCAUGUGAGGACAGAGGAUGAGGUUCAGCAGGUUAUUCAACCGCAGAAUGUAUGUGCUAAACUUGCACAAUAGCCCAUUUCAGCCAAGAAGAGCAGAGAGAAGUCAGAAGUGGAAUGUUUUCCAAUAUUUUGAUUUAAUAACAAAGAUGUAUUUGAUAACAUCUGUACUUUGCUGCAGUUAAAUGAAUCCUUGGAACAGAGGAACUAGAGCUCCGUCCUUCCUUGCUUGUAUUGCCCAAUGGGCUGCUCUUUGGAGAUCUGAUGUUUGUUACUAUAGAUGGAUGGGAGGAGGCUUGUGUGGAACACAUACCAAUGUGAAGAAUAAGCCGUUCAUGAGGGGAAUGUGCAUAGGAGCCAGAUUAGGCUGUUGAUUAGAUCUCAAAAAGCCUCUUGAUGUAUUAUUCCUGGAACAUUUCUCUAGGGAUUAAAUGAGUUUAAAUACAUUGAUUUUUUUUUGUCUAUAUUAGUGAAGCUAUUAUGUUCAUUGGGAGAAAAUCUUUGUCAAAUGGUGGUGAUAGAAAUUUUACAAUCAUUUAUGUCUGAUAGAACAUAGAACAGUACAGCACAGGAACAGGCCCUUCGGCCUACAAUGUCUGCACUGAACAUGAUGCCAAAUUAAACUAAAUAUUUUCUGCCUGCACAUGAUCCAUAUCCCUCCAUUCUCUGCAUAUUCAUUUGUCUACCUGAAAGCCGCUUAAAUACCACUCUCGUAUCUUCACCAGAUUGUACUGAUCUUCACCAGAGCUGCCAUUUGGGGGUCUUAAAAAAAAGCUUCUACUGCUAUACUGACAACUUUGGGGUAUGUUAACACCUUUUAAGAAGGCACAUACUAUCAGUCACAAAAUUUGGUAGCCUCAGUUGAAGUAAAUUUUAAUUCUAAAUUUUGUUCCUUUCAAUAUCUUUUGUCUUGGUUGAAGUUACUGGAAUAUAAUUUACAGUAGCUAAUUGCAGCCUGCAUUUUUUUUUCCAUAGUUUGGAUUGAAAUGUCCUUAUAUUCCUCCUUUGCCCGGAUGGAGUGUUUUCUUUUAAAUGUUUUCUUUGCAGGUUUGCCCAGUUGAGAGACCAAUCCAGUGACCUGUUUAAGCCUCUAUUGAUGGGGCAUUGUAUUGCCUUUAUGUUUGUAAAGUGACUAAACUUUGACAAUAAAUUUACCUUUUGUUCUUUUCUGAAGACAAUAACUGCUUGCUGUCAUGUGAUUCAACAAGUGACAGCUGCCAUCUAUAUCUCACUCUUUUGCAGUAAUUGCUAAAGAGCUUGCUGGGGCUUGAACAUAAUAUAGAAGAACAGCAGUGAAAGUGCAUUUAUAUUGUCAAGGUACUGUGCAUGUCCAGGCACUUAGUGGUGAUCCUCAUCUUCCUUCUGAAGAACACUUUGACAUAUAGCUCAGUUAAAUACAGCCAUCUUUCAGUAGUUUUUAUG